AUGUACACGACAGCGUGUGCCGUCGAGAGCUCUGCCGUCCACCAUCCUCACCGGCCGGUACUCGUGCUCCUAACUGCCCCUGACCCUGACCGAGACCACCCACUCCUCAAGGUGCUGCAAAGCCUGGCUAAUGUGCGGCUGGCGUGGCUGGAUUUGGAUCAGGUGUUUGAGGAUGCGAACCUCCGGACGUGGCACCAGACUCGACAGUGGAUGUUCAGUGAAGGUCGCGCGUCCGCCGAGGUGAGCGACGCAGUGCGGGCGGAGUUGUUGCGCCGUUUUGGGGGAACGUACGUCGACCUUGAUGCCAUAACACUGCGCUCUUUGCCCAGCCUGAACAACUGGCUGGGUAGAGUGGAUGAUACGCUUGUCAACACAGCCAUUGCGAGCUUCAGUCCCGGCCAUCCACUGCUCGAGGAUGUGGUAAAGUCCAUCCCCACCUCCUUCAAUCCCCAAGGAUGUUGCAGCAUCGGGCCCAACCUCUUCACGCACAUCCUCCACCAGAGCUGCCCCAAGAACGUCACCACCCCCUCCUCCGCCGAUCCCGCCCAGGCCGAGCUCUGCAACGACGUCACGAUUUUCCCCAGGUCCUACUUCUACCCCAUCCACUACGGGUACGAGGAGGACCAGCUGGGGAGCAUCUUCAGGGAGGGAGAGGGCCUAGGGCGCGCGUUCCUUUCCAACAUGCACGCCUUCUCGCUACAUCUCUUUCACUCUCUCUCGUCCAAAGCCACAGUUUCUCUCUCCGGCGACUCUAUCUUGAAGGAAGUGGUCAGUAACAAUUGCCCCAAAGUUUUUCGAUAUUUACAGGAACAUAAUAUGGUGUUGUAGUGUGAUUGUAGUCGAUGUAUGAUGUUAACAUAACUGCAUAUAGCAAUGAGGCGGUGGUUUGUGUGCUUGGUAAGAGUGCGAAUAGUGGUUUAGUUCUGUUCCCUCGUGAUAUGUAAGUUUGGUGUGAUGCUUUAUGGCUUCUCUUUAUUAAGAACAAAAAGGGAAAAUACUGUAAAUACAUUUAAUGAUCAUUCCUUAGUUUCCAACUAUAUAAAAUAACACGGAAAUGGUACAAAUGAGAGAAAUGUUCAUCGAGAUUUUGUACACAUUGACAGUUUCGAAUCAUCAGCGCAAUGCUAUUUUGAAUCUUUUGUAAGAACUUGGUUUACCUUUUUUGUUUUACAUUCCCUUUAGCAACUGAAUGCAAAAGUUGCCUUGGAUUUAAUCUUAUUUAUAGAUAAACUAUAAUACAGGAAAAAAUGUCAGUACUACCUUGAAGCUAUGAAAAAACUCCGAUGUCUGCACUAAUACAGUGUCUAUACUCUUUAGAUAACAUUUUUUCAUAUGUUGAAAAUUAGCAUAUUUCUGCAAAGGCUGUUUUAUUACUUAGGCGGACGGGAUAUUACAGAUAGGUAACUAUAAGCAGUUAUGCUAUCUUUACAGCCUGUACCGGAGAUAAUAAACUUCCAUCACAAUAUACCAGACCAUACACCAAAUAUUUCUUUUCGCAUUUUUGUAUAUUGUAUAUGCAUGGCGGUAUGUCGGUUUUAUCUAUGUGUCUGUAACUUUGAGCAAGUCAUGCCAAUGCAUUUUAUAUCUAUGGAUAUAUAAUACAUUAAACCGUUACCUUAACCCCAACACUGGUAACAAAGACUAAUAGAUACACACCGUAUCCUGUUGAGUGAUAGGGGAGAGGGAGUUCUGUUGGCUUAUCAUACCUGACCUUUGGUGUGCUCUAACUCUGUAAGGUAAACUUGAUCAAUACCUUUUGUAAACGCUGGCCUGCUUUAUGUUUUGUAUAUAAUAAAAUCCUGAUAGAUAU